CCUCCACUGUUCUUCUUUAUUUUCCUCCAGUUUUCCUCCUCCCCCCGCCCCCCUAGCUAUCAUCCAUCAUGGGGUCGCUGAAUCUGGUAGUGCCGCUGGUGAUGUGGGGUCGGGAGGCGCCCACACACGACAUCUCCUGUGUGAUGUUGACCCGGGAUGUUCAGACAGUGGUGACGGGUUCCAGGGACGGGCAAAUUUGUGUAUGGGACUUUGAUCCGCCCAACCUCAAGGUGACCCCGCGGUGCCUGCUAGUGGGGCACACCUCAGCCGUGACCUGCCUUGCCCCGGGCGGCUCAGCACACGGCACUUCCUACAUUGUCAGCUCUUCAGAAACUGGAGAGAUGUGUACUUGGGAUCUACGCGACGGGCGGUGUGUGGAGGUGCUCAGAUCGCCAAACGUACACACCGCCAUGACUUCCUACCAGAUGUUAAACGUGGAUGAGGUUCGCGUCUUCUGUGUAGGCAAUUACCCAGAAAUCCUUGUUUAUGACCCCUACACCUUGGAUAUCCUCUUCUCCCUGGCCGCGCGGAUACAGCCUGACUGGAUAUCCGCCCUCCACAUCCUCCGACCACCGAGACGCAAUGAUGAGGUGGUGCUGGGGGUGACGACAGCAGGCUGGGUGAAGGUUUGGACAGUGAGCGAGAGAGAUGUAAGACCGAGGGAACCAAUAUUUGAACAUGAAUCUAAGAUGAUCCACUCAUUAAAUGCACGUUGUCUUGUCUGCUGUACCUACAAUCAACGCACAGUCCUGGUGGUCUCGCAGGGGGACUGGCAGGUGUAUUUAUGAUGCGGGGAUUUCUCGCAACUUUGCCGGGUGUGUGUGGGGCCGGGGGAGCACUGGAUGGGGGGCGACUUCCUCUCAGCGGACCGCAUCAUUGUGUGGACCGACCAGGGCCAGGCAUACAUCUACAAAUUGCCCACUAAGGCUCUCAAGGGCAAAGCAGUUGGCUGCAUCGUGGAGAGCCGAGCCUUCCACAACAAGCAGGUGGAAGGCGACAACCCAGUCAUGUAUGGCAUUGUGAGGCCCAAGACAGAGGAGCAGCUGAUCAACGCCCCGGCCUGGCAGUUUAUGACCAUUCCUUUAGAGAGCGGUGCGGAGAAAUUGCUCAUCCGACUUGUAUCAGUCCCUCAGAUUAAGCUGUGGCGACUAGCAGAUGUAUCAGACCACCAGCUGCAGCAGAUCCAGCAGGUGCAGCCCUUCCAGGCACUGCUGUUUCCACCCACGCUGCACCACUCCCUCACCAAGGCCUGGGCUGCCAUGAUGCCCCCUCCUAUUGGAGUUUUAGACCAGCUGGAGGGAGAGAAGAAUCCACCUCGUAUCUCGGCCAGCCUCUUCCUCCCGCUCCAGGGCCGACUAGCAUGUGGACGGGAGGACGGCUCAAUCAUCCUGGUGCCCGCUACAGAGACUAUCAUGUUGCACCUCCUUCACGGCAAACACCACGAUUACCACAACUGGGCUCAACCAAUGGUGUUGCGAGGUCACCAGGGGCGCGUCAACUGCCUGCUGUACCCACAUGGAGAGAGCCAGCGUUACGACAUGGCCCAUUUAGUGUCUGGGGGCAUGGAUUUCUCAAUUUGUGUGUGGGACAUGUACACAGGCCAGCUGGUCCAUCGGUUCGUGGUGCAGGCUGGACAGGUGUUGCAGCUCCUUGUGCCUCCUCCCUCUUGCACGCCACGCAUCCAGAACUGCAUCUUGAGUGUCUCCGAGGACCACAGUGUUGCCUUAUUGAGCAUCAAGGAGAGGAAGCUGGUACUGCUGGCCUCCAAACACCUCUACCCUGUCAGUGCCAUCAAGUGGAGGCCAGAACAUGACUUUCUGAUGGUCGCCACUCAGGAUGGAUCGGUCUAUGUGUGGCAGAUGGAGACAGGCCACUUGGAUAGGGUGCUACAGGGUGUGACAGCCGAGGAGGUGCUUGGGGCCUGCGACGAGCACUCCACAGCGUCAGGGGGAGGUGCUGGUGGUGCUGGCUCGGAGGUCGGGCUCGCCAAUCCUGCCGUGCAUCUCUUCCGAGGAUUGAGACAUAGAAAUUUGGCUGCUAUUAGACAUGCUGCUCAGCGUGGGAUUCAGCAGGUGUUGGGUGAGCAGAACAACUACCAGGACAUCCACGACAGCUCUAAGAUGCGGACCUGUCCCUUGAUGAUUCAGGGUCUGCGUACCAACAAGCAAGACGCAAACUCUCAUGUCCUCUUCUUCGACAUUGAGGCUCUGAUAGUGCAGCUGCUGAGUGAUGAAUACACCCUAAUGUCUCCCGGCACCCUAGAAGCCCACGAGUUGAUUAUGAGCAGCCAGUACCAACGUAUGAACAUCCUUACUCACCCUGCCUCACCCGAAGCUGCCAAGAAGAUCGCAGAAUUUUUUGGCAAGGUGAAAGACAAGGCAGGAGAAAUGGAGAAAAAAAUGAAGGAAAAGGAUAAACAUGACCUCCUGACUCGCGCUAAGGACAAAGCAGCAAGCAGUGUGGAGAGGAUGGUUCGGGAAAGAGAGCAGCAGGGCUUGUUGUCCCGCAUGAAGGAAGGUGCGGAAAGUGUUCACAAUUUGAUACAGAACAAGGUGGAACAGACAGGCUUCCGUCCAUCGUCUCUGUCCACUUGUAAGGAUGGCAGCAGUAGCAGGGUUCAGAUUCCUCGCCACCUGGAUGUCACCGCCCAGACGCUGCAGAUUGGCCAGAUGCUAAUGUCACUCCUUCACUCCUGGGGCCUUGAUCAGUCCCUCGACCACACCUGUGAGCACAUCCUGGGUCUCCUCAAGCCUAGGGUACCAGUUUCCUAUGGGCUCAUCUCAAAGUCUGGGUACAUGUCACUGUUCAUGCCCACGUGGCACCCAGUCCGCCCCGCUGACAUGCCGCCAAUGACCACCCCGGAGCUGGCCUCAGAGCUGCCCCCAGAGAUGAUACAGCUGGAGCACCACACACAGGUGUUCACCGGGCGUGGCCACUGGGAGGUGUCUCCGGCCCUCACCACACACCACCUGUUGGCGCUGGUGUCUGUGGCCAAUACUCUGCAGGACAUGAACGCAGCUACUCUUGUGCCGGAGCAGGAGAGGCGUCGUAAGAACUAUAUCCAAAACUCCAAGACCACCACCGCCACCACCGCCGGAGAGGAUGAAUUUAGCAGGCAGCAGUCGGUGAUCAAGCAGGGAUGGUCAACACUCACCGCCCUGCACACCGUCCUGCUGCCAGACUGCGUGACAGCUGCGGGGGCGCCCUCCUACCAACCCCCCAUGGUGGAGAUCCUGGCACGGCGCUGGCAAGAUCGAUGUCAGGAGGUCCGCGAGGCAGCCCAGGCCCUGUUGAAGACCGAAUUGAGCCGCAUGGGGGUGUCCGGACGGCAGCAGCUGGUGGUGGAAUGGGCGCCCCACCUCCCCACCCACACUGACCCCCUUCCCACCACCACCACCACCGCCCACUUCAACAGUCACCACCACGAUGCUGCUCACCCACCACGCUCUGAGCAUGCUAGUCUCAAGGGGUCGUCCAGCACCACCUCCUCCCUCCCCACCACUAACGGGGCGCCCAUGCCGGGAGUGGGUGGCGGCGGCGGCAGUGUUCAGGGUGGAGGUGGGGAGCGGGGCAUGGAGCCACACCCCCACCUUGAUGAAGACCACUAUGAUGAGGAGAUGGAUGGCGAGACGUGCCGUGAGAUCAUAGCACAGUCCGAGGGGCGUCGCAAGCAGGCCACAGCAAUAAUCCUGCUUGGGGUGAUUGGUGCAUACCACGGCCAGGACGCUGCCGAGGGCUUUGGUCUGGGCACCCUCGCCAUGCAGACCAGCAAGGCUCUAGCAUACUUAGUGCUGGCCCCCCCUGGCUCCAAACUGCCGGCACACAACCCCCUCCGCAGGGCUGCCAUAGAUCUAAUUGGACGGGGCUUUCCUGUGUGGGAGCCCUACCUCGAUGUGGCCAAGGUGUUGCUGGCUCUCCUGGACUUCUGUGCUGACACUGACCGACUUGCCCCCAGCAUGAAGUAUGGUUUACCACUGAUCCCUGAAGCCGACACUUGCCGCACUGCCUCCAACGCACUCACCCUGAUUGCCGAGGCCCGCCCACCAGCCUUCAUCACCACCAUGGCCCGGGAAGUGGCUCGCUUCAAUGCCCUCCAGCAAAACGCACAAAGCCUGCAACUCAACAUCCACAACACAGUGUUACAUCGCGCCAAAACAGAGAUUUUGCGCGUCAUGGAGUACCUGAUUGUGCAUAAACGCUGCCACAUAAUGGACUUAAUGGUUGAGGUAAUGGACAUAAUCCUUCACUGUGUUGACGCUGGCCACCUUAAGAGUCGUGGUCUGAAUGAGGUGUUCCCUUCCAUCUGUGGGUUCCCUCAGGUCUCCCACUGCCCACACACCCGCCGCAUUGCCACAGGGGCCAAGAACGGAGCUAUCGCCAUGUAUGAACUGCGGGCGUCUAAGUGUCAGGUGAUUCCAGCCCACACCACCGCCAUCACAGCCGUCAGCUUCUCUCCUGAUGGGAAGUACCUGGCGUCUUACUCUAUGGGGGAGAACAAGCUGUCCUUCUGGCAGACUUCUUCAGGGAUGUUUGGUCUAGGCGCCUCACAAACCAAAUGCACCAAGACCUUUUCGACAAUCCCCAUGCCAGACAUAGUACGGAUGAACCCACAACGGCUGCCAAAACUGGUGUGGAUAUCAAACAGAACAGUGGUCCACAUGAUGGCUGAUGGAACAGAACACCGAUUCAACGCUUAAUGGAAACGGACGGCGGAAAUCUUGGCCCACACUUGACGAAAUGGUAGAUUGAGCCGGAUGGAGUGGAUGUUUUGACUGGAGAGGUGGGUGGAAGGGAGAAGUGAGUGGAUAAAUGCAAGAAGUGACUGGAUAAAUGGAUGUAAGAGGGAAUAAUGCUUUUGUUAAUGAAGCAGACUGGAGAUAUUAAUUAAUGGAAUAGAAUAAGCUGAUAUUUCACGACUGACUGGAUGGAUGGGUGGAGAGAUGGAGAGAAAGGGAGAGGGGGUAGGUGACGGAUUUGGAGAGAAAAAAAGUUUAGGAUGGAGAGAAUUUGAUGGAGAGAAGCGUGAGAGG